GAACGCUUGUCGAACACAGGAGAGGAUCAGACUAAACAACGCGAGCCUUUGAUCCAUCCACCGGUGGCUUUCCUUAAGACACAAUUUUUCGGAAAGCGUUUUGACUCGAGAGGUCUUAUAGAAGGCCGUUUUAACGGGGGAAUUCUUUGUGUGGAUUCGCUAUCCUCCGCCGAUAGGGAAGAACAUGCUACGGGAGCGUUCAUCUACCUGGUGAAUCGAUCCGAACUCGGCCUUCAGGCGAGUGGAAAACCUUCGCACGUGGAUGGUCCAUACUGUCCACCGAAACCAGGAGUGCCGUCUUCCGUGUCUAGUCAAAGUCUUCGUGUUUAA